AAUACAAAUUAAGUCUUAGCCUGGACAACGGCCUGCCUCCGUGCGUGGAAAAAUAAUAAAAUAAAAAAGCAUAAGUAUAAUGUCGUGGGUUGCCGACUACGAAUAUACAUGGGCAGAGAGGAUUUCCAUGCGGGCCCUUAGGACCUGUGGCCACAUACCGAAACACGUCGCCUUCGUCAUGGACGGCAAUCGUAGAUUUGCCCGCUCUCAGCAGAUAGAUAAGAUAGAGGGACACUCGCGUGGCUUCUCGAAGUUAGCGGACUGCCUCCGCUGGUGCCUGGACCUGGGAAUAAACGAGGUGACCACUUUUGCCUUCAGCAUCGAGAACUUUAAGCGGUCCAGCGAAGAGGUCGAGGGCCUGUUCAACCUUGCUCGGGACAAGUUUGCAAAGCUGCUGAAGGAGACUGACCGUCUGAACCAGCACGGGAUUCGUAUCCGGGUGAUCGGCAACAUUGGACUGCUGCCGCUGGACCUGCAGGAACUCGUUGCCACUGCCAUGCUGAGUACGGAGGUCAACGACAAGCUCUUUCUGAACGUAGCCUUUUCCUACACCUCUCGCGACGAGAUCACCCAGGCGCUGGAGACGGUGCUACAGCAGGGCAAUAGUUUCAUCAGCGGGAGUAACAUAAGCGAGCGCCUCCUGGAGGAAUGUAUGUACACGCGGCACUCUCCUGCCCCGGAUCUGAUCUUUCGGACCUCGGGCGAGACCAGGCUGAGUGAUUUCAUGAUGUGGCAGCUAAGCGGAUCGGUUCUGUACUUCAGCAAUGUCCUGUGGCCGCAGAUAACGUUCUGGAACUUUUUGGCCAGCAUCCUAGCCUACCAGCGGGACAGAUACCGGCUGGAAAAGUUUAGGCGGGCGGAACAAAUUCAGAGCGCACAAUUAGCCAGGACGAGCGACUUCCACAGCGAGCGGGUGCAGCAGUUUCUGCAAAGCAUGGAUGAGGAUCGGCGAAAACUGCUUGUCCGGCUGGCCUCCAGCAAAAUGUGUUAGAUAAUUGUACAUAAACUAAUAAAAAAUAUUGAAAUGCCA